UAUAGCCCCUCAGUGCUAUGAAUGCGACCCAGUCCAUUUACACCUUCCUCCCUGCGUGCUCCUCUCCGGCCAAACCCUUCGCCGAUUUGGGCCGGCCCACGAAACGGGGCAUAAAAAAAUGCCCCAAGUGCGGCAUCUACAACGGCACCCGGGGCAUGAUCUGCAAGAACAAGCACUGCGACGCCGUGUUCAAAGACUACGCCGACAAGCGCAAGUUGAGUCUGGACGCCGUGCGCCUCGUCGGGAUCGUGCGCCAGGUGUACUCGGUGCGGGUGCGCGACCGGGGGCCCGACCACCGGGGCUUCGUCCAGCUGCCGCUGCUGAACCCCGAACAGGACGCCCUGUGUUUCGUUGAUUCGUGCCAGAGGCUGUUCGACGACUCGAUUCUCAAGUGCCAUGAGCUGGAGCACAGCGAGACCGCGCUGCUGUGCGUCCACAUCGACGCGGCGAUUAAGAGCCAGAGCAUGGCAGCCCCCAUUGAGGUCCAAAAGGAGGUUUUGGCCUCGUUGAAGGUUUCGAAAGAAAUUAAAGCGAAGCUGUGGCAGUUGGCCACGGAGAAAGAGGGGCCUCUGGUGCAGAGAGUCUCGCGGACCGUGAUGGCGGUCAAGUGCCAAGUGAGCCCCAAACACCCCCUGGGGUACCUCCACUUUACCUUCGGGUGCACGAAAGGCCGCGAGAUUUACGACAAGUAUUACUGCAGUUGUACCGAAUUUAUGGUUUCAGGGAUUAUAAGCAAGGCGAGCAAUGUCCGACUCAAAUGUGUGCACUAUUAUGCGUGCAUUUGUGCCCUUGCCAGCGACCCGAAAUGUGCGCAAGAGUUUAGUCAUUUCAUUAAUUACGAAUUGGAGAACGGCUCCGAAGGGCCACAAGUUGAAAGUGUUAAAAGCACGCCUAAACCUGACAGGGUGCCGAAACUGAAGGUGGUUGAGCGAGUGACGAAACGUCCAAAAUUCAAAAAACUGGUCCCUAAUGUGUUUCCGGUUGAAAUCAAAGUGCUGGAAAGUGUGGAACAAGUCGCCCCAAGUGGGGGAAUUUCGUGGGGGUUUAUCGAAUGGUUGUCUUAUGUGACUGAAUCCAUAAACCAAACCAUGCACUUCGAGAAUUACGGCAAUUUAAACACUUUGGUUUUUUGCAUCCCUGAGGCAUUUUUUCAAGAAUUUACUAAACGAAUUCCAAGUAUCUAUCGGGAAAACGAAGUUUUUCCUGCCUUUAACUACCGAAUUAUGAACAUUUUGCAUCUCAAAGAGAUAUUUGAUACUCCAGAUGUCAAGUUGAAAAUUUCCAAGAGAUUUAUUCAUGACAAUCAAAAGGGUUACAUUGAGUACGAUGUUGAUGCAAACAUCAGUUGUCAGUCAAGUUUUAUUUUUUUCCUAAAUGUUGGACAAACCACGGUUGACGAGAGUGACAACACGAAUAAUCCCUUCUUGAUCGAGUGGAUCCCCGGAGUCACCAAUGCCACAAAAAUUGGACAGUUGAAGUUGCAGUAUAAAUAUGGGCGCAAAAGUACUACUUGAAUAUAAUAAUAAAACACUGAAAGACUGAAAAAA